AUGGCGGACAAAAUUCAGGAACUACUCAACAAGCCGCGCGCUGACCUCACCGAGUACGAGAUCCAACAACUAGAAGAACACGAGUUCAGCUCGGGGCCCCUCUCCAUCCUCCAGACGGCGGUGCGAUCGCGCACCCAGGUCCUGAUAUCUUGCCGCAACAACCGCAAGCUCCUCGCGCGAGUGAAGGCCUUCGACCGACACUGCAAUAUGGUUCUGGAGAACGUGAAGGAGAUGUGGACUGAGCAUCCUAAGCUCUCAACGGGCAAAAAGGGAAGGGCGGUCAACAAGGACAGGUUCAUCAGCAAAAUGUAG